AAGGUUGCUAAGAACAUCGGUAUUGAGGCAGAAGUUCUCCAGCUUGUUGAUCAUCGUAUGAAAGUAGCGGAAAGCUUGUUUAAAUCGGAUGAAAUGACUGCAGAAAGUGAUGAUGUAGGUGUACUUUUAAGCGACAAGAUGUUAAAUGGCGAUGUUCAACUACUUUUUACCCACCCGGAAGCCUUAUUAAGUGAGAAAGGAAGAAAUCUAAUGAAAGGUACAGUGUUUCAAAGAAAUGUUGUCGCGUGUGUUGUAGAUGAAGCACAUUGCGUGGAAAUGUGGGGUGAUGAAUUCAGAAAAGAUUUUGGAAAUUUGUCCAUUGUGCGUGCCUUCUUUCCAAAAACUCCAUUUCUUGCACUCACAGCAACAGCACCACCACAUAUGUUGAGCAACCUAAAAAAUAGCAUGAAUUUCAACAGCUCUUGCAAAGAUGUGUCAGCUAACCCAAAUCGUAGAAAUAUAUUUCUUCAAAAGAAGAUGCGAACGAGCAAUCAGCAUAUAUAUGAAAGUUAUAGUAAUAUCCUGCUACCUAUUGCUAAUCAAUUGUCUGUUGAACUGGAAAGUUACCCCAUGACAGUGAUAUACAUGAAACUCAAAUACUGUGGUUAUGCAUAUGGGUUGUUUGAAAGAGUGUUAAAGGAGAAACAAUAUGUGGGGGAAUCUAAGGAUUCAGUUGCGAGAUUGUUUGCACAGUUCCAUGCACCCCAAACAAAUGAAAUGAAAAAGACUAUCAUAUCAGAAGUUAAGAAACAAAACUCACGGAUAAGAGUUAUAUAUAUAUUUUUAGCUAAAAUCUACUAUAUAGGAUGA